AAAGAGGAGAAGGAGAAGGCCAAAGAAGAGCAGAAAAGGAAGAGACAAGAAGAAAUUGAAGCCAAAAAACAGAAGAAAGAGGAGGAACAGCAGUUAAAAGAAGUUGAAAGGAUGAUAAGAGAAGAGGAGGCACGGCUAGCACAGGAAGAAAAACAGAAGCAGAAAGACAAAUUGAAAAACAAGUUUGCCAGUUUCUUUGUUGCCAAGAAAAGAGACCUAGAGGAGGCUGAGGAAAAGAGCAGCAAUGGGAACUUCAAGGAAUUCAGAGUAAAGGAAGACAUGCAGCUCGCUCCAUUAGUACGCACAAACUUCACAGAGGACCGCCGGACAUCACUUAAUGAGUAUUUAACCAAGCAAACAAAAGAUUCAUCUGAAACCUACUUGAGUAUUCUCAAAACAGGAAUUUAUGCACCAUGCAAGUCUCAGCGCACUUGGCCUUUUGAGAAUAAGAAGGAAGAAGUUGAUGAUGAUAUUGAAAUUAUUGAAGAUGAAGAUGGAGAUAUGGAUGCCGGAGACUCAAUGGUUCAGGAAACCGAAUCAGAUCUGAAUAUCAAGACAGUAAAGGCCAAGCUGCUAAAGUUUUGUGAAAAUCGCAGACCAGCAUAUUGGGGAACCUGGAGCAAGAAGAGCAAAAAUAUCUGCGCACGGCGGCCUUUUGCAAGAGAUGAUAUUUUUAACUAUGAGUAUGACAGUGAUGAUGAUUGGGAGGAAGAGGAAACAGGAGAGAGCCUAAGUGACUCUGAAGGAGAGGAAAAAGAGGAAGAGGAGGGAGACCAAUAUGAAGUUGAUAAUGACUUCUUUGUCCCCCAUGGCUACCUCUCGGAUGAUGAGGGCAAGUCUGACCAAGAGGAAGAGGAAGAGAAUGGACAGGAGGAGGAUAAUGGAAGCAAACACAAAGAGCAGCUGAAGCAAAAACAAGCAGAAUUUGAAGAGGAAAUGAAAAAGAAGACAAAGCAUCUGAAGCCCCGUGUUAUUGGUUCUUUAUGGAUGGCAGAUGCAAACAACAAUCCAGCUUUUAAUCAACUGUUGAAGAUCCUGAAUCCACACAAAGCGGUGACCUUAGGAACCAGCCUUCCCAUUGGUACUCGUCAUGGUGGAGUAAUUCCCAAGGACACCAAGGAACAGAAAGAUGAUGAUGAUGGGUCAACUGAAGAUAAAGGAAAUGCUAAAAAGUUUUGCAAAACUUUCCCUGAAGAAGCUGUGCCGGCUCUCAUUAAGCUGGUUCAUGGAAAUCGCAAUGGGAAGGCUUUCCUUUCCCGUGAGUUUUCUGACUUUUGGCGAAAAUUACAAGCGGGAGAAUUGGAUGAGGAACAAUUAGAGGGCAUUCCGAUGCUUUCUUCUCCCAUUCAGGCAAGCAUGUUCUUGGCCCGUAAAAAAGUGGAAUCCAAAAUCCAGGAACUUGGCCACUGGCGUAAAUGUCCUGAGGAAGGCCCCUUCAGUAAAGUCAUGAUGUGGUAUGUUUCAAAGCAAGUGCGAGAAGAGCAUGGUGUUGCCGAUAUAACUGUUCCAAAUUCUUGGAAUUAUAUUAAUAAACCUAAAGAAAAGCGGGAGGUGAAUUUUGAAGACCCAGACACCAUGGAAGAAAGCAAGUCCAACAAGGCAGGAAAACUGACUCCCAUCACAGCAUUCACCAAGAAACUACCUACAACCCCAUCCUCAGCAAAUACCUCUCCUACCUCUACACCAGCUACAACACCUCAAACCUUGAAGUCGAAUGAAGGAUCUCCAAGCAGCGCAUCACUUGCACCAGUGACUCCAAGUAGAAAUCCAGAGAGUCCUCCCAACAGCACAGGGGAAACGCCGUCGGGAAAAUCAGGGACUCCUGGACAGCCGAAGAAAAAAGUGGCUCUCUUCUCAGUUCCACGCAAUCAAGAGAUAACAGAUGCCCAGAAAGCAUCCUUUGUGUCCUUCUUUAAGAAGAAUGCAGAAAAAUCACCUGUGCCCACUAAGUCAGAUUCUACAAAAGAUAGAUCCAGUGAAAAGACCAGUCAGCCAGACCCUAAAAAGGAUGAUGACGAUAUUCAGUGCAUAACAUUAGAUUAGUUAAUUUUUUAGCGUUUUUAUUUGUGGCACUAACCAGUAGUACAUUUUAAGGGAUAUUUUAUAAUUAUUUUAUUUUGGUUUUCUCAAUAUAUUGGUGUUUUAAAGUUUAUAGUAAUUACAAUAAAAAUAAUAAGAA